UGCACUAGAGAGUAACCUGCACAACCUGUCCGCUAUACCAUCACUAUCUUGAUAAAUAUGACGGAGGCGUCCCCCUAGCCUAGUCGUCUACCUCGAGCCUAAACAUCAUCACUGCGCGCCCCGUCUUGCUCAUCAUACUCCUGCUACUGCCCAUCCUCCUUGCUUGCUGGCUAUAUCGGCAACCAGAGUAGAAGAGGCGCAGCAAGAGUAAGGCCCUUCACUCUCCCGCAAGGAAUAGAGGCCAUGUCGAUUACACUUGAAUGUGCUAUCCCCCCUCCACACCUCUUCCAGUCAAGACCAUCCUCGUGGCAAAGUCCCUACCACAGUCAUACUUACCCCGCCUCAACCUCCUCGCCUGCCCCCAUGUCUCCUCAGUCGCUCCAACCUUCAAUGUCACAUCUACCGGAAAGCCCUCUACCCUCUCAUGAGGCCAUCCACGUCCCGGCCUCUGCAUGGUAUGGCCCCUCAAUUUCGGCCCCCGAGUGCUCUAGUGAGACUAGCUAUGCCUCAUACAACAACUACAUUACUCCUCACACAUCUUCUAUCAACCUGUCGCCGCCAGCAACAGCGUUUCCAUAUAUGCCAAAACAUCCGGGAUCCGCAACACAGUUGGAUCCAUCUGUUACACUGUCUCCAGGCACAGUCUACUCUCGAGACUCGGUGGUACCCGAGCCUGCCAGCCCAUCAGAAGAGCCUCAGUCCGACCCAAGGUGUUCGUUACAUCAGUCGGCUUUGCGUCUUGGGCCACAGUCUCACCUACUAGACCGAAACCACAGUAGCUUGAGUAACUUGAACACCGCAAGAGCGAACGUGUCCUGGGCCAUGAACCCCCUGGGUAUUCACUCCAGUCAUGAAUCGUACUAUCCGGCGUUCCCAUCCUUGAAUCAUAGUCCUCGUCUGAGUGAACCAUCAGUAGAUCUAUCAAACCAGAUGAUCUCACCACAGCCACGGCGCACGUACACCCCUAUUGCCCCUCUUCCACAAGAGACGCCUCGAUCACAUAGCACCAAGAGGUACCAUGAGGAUGAAGAAGAAGCACUUGACAGCUCCAAGCGCAGGAAGCGAUCAGAUUCGCAAACAUCGACACAGUUUGAGCUGAGUGAGGAGGACAAGCUCCUACUCAAACUCAAGGAACAAGACUCCAUGCCGUGGAAGGAUAUCGCAGCACGUUUCCAGACAGAACUACAAAAGUCUUAUCAGAUACCUGCGCUACAGAUGCGCUACAAGCGCCUGAGAGAACGAAUGCGCGUCUGGACCGACACCGACCGUAAAGCACUACGUAUGGCGCACGAGUACUGGUUACAAAACAAGUUUGAGAUUAUUGCGCAAAAGAUGUUGGAGUUUGGUGCGCAGGAGAAAUGGACAGCACGGCAAUGCUCACGUCAAUGGCAAAUGAUGGAUCACCCACCAUUGUCAUAUGCGCAGUUCGAUCAUCAUCUUCAGCAGGGCUUUGCCCCUUACGCCAUGAGUCCUAUCGAGCCGCCGCCCAACAAUUCCCUACCCUUCUUGCACACCUGAUGAGCUCCUUUCCAGGUCGGGUAGGACAGGCAAACUGGUCACAGUCAUACCCCUUUACUUCUUCGUCUUCGUCUUCUCUUUCUUCU